AUGACUAUUAUGAGGUUUGGGGAAACCUGCAAGACUAAACCGAGAGGACAGUAACGUAGUUUCUACGUCACGUAGUCAACCCGGAAAAGCUUCAGAAAAGACUCAGUACGUGGCCUUAUCAUCUUGGACAGUCGUGGGGCUUUGCUUCAUCGAAAUGGAACUCGAGGCGAUGACCAGAUAUACCAGUCCGGUGAAUCCGGCUGUGUUCCCCCACCUCACAGUGGUCUUGCUGGCUAUCGGCAUGUUCUUCACCGCCUGGUUCUUCGUCUAUGAGGUGACGUCAACCAAAUACACAAGGGACAUCUACAAGGAGUUGCUCAUCUCCCUGGUGGCGUCACUUUUUAUGGGCUUUGGUGUGCUCUUCUUGCUACUCUGGGUUGGCAUCUACGUAUAACGGUGGCUGAUUCAAAAAGUAACACAUUCCAACGGGACGGACAACAACAAUCAGAGAAACUGGAUUUAGAGUUUGAUUGGACUGCACUGACAAUAACUCGGAUUGUUUUGAAAUAAAAGGGGGUUUUGUACAACA